UUUCUCCUUACCUUCCACGUUAUAGUCUUUCUCUCUCAACAACCUAAAGUUGGCUAUCGUAGUACCCUCGGUUGGUCUGAGAUAUGGUUAAGUCUCAAUGCUUUGAGAAGGUGGGACUGAAGAAAGGGCCAUGGACUCCUGAAGAAGACCAGAAGCUUUUGGCUUACAUCGAAGAGCAUGGGCAUGGAAGCUGGCGAGCCUUGCCUGCCAAAGCUGGACUUCGAAGAUGCGGGAAGAGCUGUAGACUCAGGUGGACCAACUACCUUCGGCCAGAUAUCAAGAGAGGAAAGUUUAAUUUGCAGGAAGAACAAUCAAUCAUUCAGCUUCAUGCUCUUCUUGGAAACAGGUGGUCAGCCAUUGCUACUCACUUGCCGAAAAGAACCGAUAACGAGAUCAAGAAUUACUGGAACACACAUCUUAAGAAAAGAUUAGACAAAAUGGGCAUUGAUCCUGUGACACACAAGCCAAAAGCUGAUUCUUUCGGCUCAGGAAGUGGCCAUUCCAAGGGUGCUGCCAGUUUAAGCCACAUGGCUCAAUGGGAGAGUGCUCGACUAGAGGCCGAAGCCAGAUUGGUCCGUGAGUCGAAGUUAACUGUACCUAAUCCUCCCAAAAACAUACUAGGCUCUGCAGUUUCAGCUCAAGUCUCCAACAAAAGUAGUGCAACUCCAACAGAAAGACCACGGUGUCUUGAUGUACUCAAAGCAUGGCAAGGGGUCGUCUUCAGCAUGUUCUCGGUAGGCAGCAGUGACUCUCUCGAGUCUCCAACAUCCACAUUGAAUUUCUCAGAAAAUGCAUUAGCCAUCCCACUCAUUGGAGUUCAGAAAAAUCCAACCACCACACUAGCUUUUGCCACAAAUAAUGCUACAUGCAACAGAGGGACUACGGUCAGUGAAUUUGAUAGGGGAAACCAGUUGGAGUGCUUUGAGAAACUGAAAGAUCCAGCACAAGUGAGACGAAAUUUGGACAGUUCAAUGGCAAUUCAUGGUAUAAGCCCGUAUGCCGGCGAUCAUAAUGCGUGGUUUGUUGACUCUUCAGCGAAUGAAAACGCACCUAUGGGGAAUAUCAUUGAUGGAUUUUCGGAAAUUUUAGUGUGUAAUUCUCUGGACCCCAACCCGACCUGUUCUGGAGAGAAUAUUAAUGAUAACUAUGCUGGUAAUCUUGAAGAUAAUUAUUGGAAUAGCUUACUCAAUCUGGUGGAUGCUUCUCCAACUGGAUCAUCUGUAUUUUGAUCAUCUACACUAUAGCUACUUCUAUAUAUAGUUCUAGUACUAUAUAUAAAGAAAGGAGAGGAAAAAGAGCCUAAUUGUAGGGUUUGACUGAGGGACUCGUAAUGGUUAAUUUCAUUGCAUCAAGUGUAACAUUAGAUCUUUAUAAAUAAAGGUUCUUUAGAUGUUCUGUCUGUUAA